GGUAAUGGAGGGAUUACUUGGAACGCAACAAUGCAAUAAAUAUACGCCACUGUGUUCUAUAAGGGACUUGAAAGUAGUGUCAACACGUUUUUAGGCCUGAAAAAUGUUGAUCGGUAUGGAAACGCCCGUAUUCGCAGCCAUACUGGUCAUUAUUAUCAUUGAUAUUACGCCUCAGACGGCAUGUUGGAACGUCAGGAAGUUCUUCAACCAGAUGGAGCCAAUAUGGACGAUCGAAACGACUCGCAACAAGCCUAUCAAAUGCGUAGUAGAUAAAGUUCAGUCUGUUAAACGAUUGUCAAUUUCAUUUAAAAGAUGUAAGUUCAACAGAGGAAAUAGAUGCGAAUCUGGACUAUACGGAGUGCUUGAUGCAGAGAGCUUAGAUCAGAUGGCAAUAUAUCAAAAAGAGUAAAUCACGGCUUGUUGUGGCAGAAUACAGUGAUUCCCCAAGAAUGGGUAAAAUACUUCUCCCAGAACAAAGCUACAAAACGCUACCCGAAGCAGAGUAGCAUGACCGUACUAA